ACCCAUUAUUCAGCGCACAACCCGGACCAAAAUUUCAUCUUCACCCACUCGUCAUGGCUCACGGAUGAGACCCAAUGACCCAUUAGGCAUUAGCUAUUGGUUGGUUGAAGCAGAAACACCUGCAAACGUGAGGAGGGGUGAUUGGAUUGGAGAUGGGAGACGAAAGGGCGAAGACCGAGGCGAUGGAGAUACUGGGAAUGUUUCAGGUUUUGCCUCGUUUGGUCGUCUUUGAUCUCGACUACACCAUCUGGCCAUUCUACUGUGAAUGUCGUUCCAAACGUGAAAUGCCAAAAUUGUAUCCUCAAGCAAAAGGUAUUUUAUAUGCCCUCAAGGACAAGGGAGUUAAUGUUGCUAUUGCCUCAAGAUCUCCCACUCCAGACAUAGCCAACGCUUUCCUUGAAAAGCUGGAGAUGAAAUCAAUGUUCGCAGCACAGGAGGUGUUUUCCAGUUGGUCACACAAGACAGAACAUUUUCAAAAAAUCCACACAAGAACUGGGGUGCCUUAUAAAGAAAUGCUGUUUUUCGAUGAUGAAAAUAGGAACAUAGAUGCAGUCUCUAAAAUGGGUGUGACAAGCAUAUUGGUGGGCAAAGGGGUGAAUAUGGGAGCUUUGAGGCAAGGGCUCUUGGAGUUCACUCAGAAUUUCACAUCAUCGGAAAAGAACAAAGAAAGAUGGCGUAAAUUUUCACAGAAACCUGGUUCAUCGCAAGGAGACGAGCAACAAUGAAGUUCUACUCACAUCAUAGAGAUUUCCUGUGAAAAAUAUGGCUUGGGUCUUGAUCACAUUAAUUUCUGUCAACUUAUUAUACUGCAAACAUGGUCACAUGGAUAUAACCAUUUUUGUGUCUAAAUGUGUUGUAAGGAGUCUGUAUUGAGAAACAGUAAUUGGUUACUUUACCAUGUGGUCUACUGAGAUGGUUGUUCUUUUGUUGCAUAGCAAUGAACUGUCAUAUGUCCAGGGUA